UUCUUAGAUUCAUUCCUUGAAGCUCGCUCCACUGCUUCGCUUUUCGAGCUCCUACUUUUCUUCCCCUUUCUCUUCUUCUUCUUCUUCUUCUUCUUCUCUCUGUUUCUAUCCCACAGCUUAGAGUUCAGUCCUCUCCCACUCCGAUUCUCCCCUUUUUCAGCUUUCCUUCUAUUUCCCACUUCCAUCCCUUUUCACUCACUUCUACACUUUCUUUCCCUUUUCCCGAUUUUGAUUUCCCUUUUCCCGCAAAAUUUUCACCCUCUUUCUCCCUUGUUUUCCCGGAAAAUUUCACCCCCUGUUUCUCUCUCGAUUAACUUUUCAAUUACUUAGGGUUUAUACCAAUUCUGGGUUUAUUAUUAUUAUUAUUAUUAUUAUUAUUAUUAUUAUUAUUAUUCUGCUUUUUUUUUUUUUGUUUUUGUUUUUGUUGGUUUGAAUUUAUAAAGGUGCAGCGACUUUUUUCAUCUUUUUUGAAGAGUAGAUUCCUCAGAGUGAAGAAGGGAAAGAAAAAGAGAGAGAGAGUAUUCUGAUUCCAUUGAAAUGCUUGUUGAUUUAACACCCUUAUUGUCAAAUUCCUAUUGUGAAAUAUCCACCAUUUGGUGCAUUUUCUCUCUGGGUUCUUCCUGUUUCUUCUCUAUUUAACAUUUCAUUUACAAAAAAUCCCUUCCCACAAAUCAUUUUCCUUCUUCUCUCUGUUUUUCUUUUCUUUUUUUUUUUUAAGAAAAAAACCAUGAACAAAUACCUUCUUUGAAUCUCUUUGAAUUUUGUUCCCACACAGCUUCAUGAAGUGGGAAAUGGAAAUUCUCUCCUCUCCUUCUUCUCUUGUUUCCAGCAUGAGUUGGAGUUCCGGCGACGGUAAGGCUUCGAGAUGGACCGUUGCCGAGAACAAAAUGUUCGAGAAUGCUCUUGCGAUUUUUGAUACCGAUACACCUGAUCGGUGGCAGAAGGUUGCGUCGAUGAUCCCCGGUAAGACGGUUGGGGAUGUGAUCCGGCAGUAUAAGGAUUUGGAAGCUGAUGUUAGUAGUAUUGAAGCUGGUUUGAUCCCAAUUCCUGGCUAUGAUACUUCUCAAUUUACAUUGGAUUGGGUCAAUAGUCAUAGCUACGAUGGAUUCAAGCAAUCGUAUGGCCUCAUCGGUAAACGAUCGUCGGGACGGUCGGCGGAUCAGGAGAGGAAGAAGGGAGUUCCAUGGACUGAGGAAGAACACAAGUUGUUUUUGAUGGGGUUGAAGAAAUAUGGGAAAGGGGAUUGGAGGAACAUUUCAAGAAAUUUUGUUGUAACUCGAACUCCGACUCAGGUAGCUAGCCACGCUCAAAAGUACUUCAUCAGGCAGCUCUCAGGCGGAAAAGAUAAGCGGAGAGCGAGCAUUCACGAUAUAACAACCGUUAAUCUCAACGACACGAGAAGUCCAUCACCCGAGAAUAAGAAAUCGGUGUCACCGGAGCACGCGACGGUGCUCCCACGCCACUCGAAUCCAUCAUCAACCGUGCCUAGAGCUGCCUUCAAUUGGAACCAACAACAACAGCACAACACUAAUGGAGCAGCCAUUGUUUUCAACCAUUCCAAUGGGAACAUUUUCAUGUCCCCGGGCGCAUUCGGUGUCAACUCGUAUGCCGCCGGGCUUCGGCUACCUGAGCACCACCUACAAAAAGGGGCUUCUCUGCAAAUUGCAGAUUCUAUGUUGGGAAGACAAUGCAUUUAGAGAUGGGCAAUGUGCUUUGCUUAGUCAAUGAAAAAUGUUGUGCAACGAAGAAGCUAUGUUCAAAGAUUGGUUCUGCUUGAUAAGAUUCUUGUCGAAAAUUCGAAUCGACAUGAAUCGAUGAGACAAAUGGAAACUCGUCUUCUUGAACAUCAAGCCGAAACUGGAGAAGAUCGGGAACUUCACAUUCAAUUUGAAAGAAAGGAAGGGGAGCUUUGGGUUUCUUUUUCUUCUUUUUUUUAGACAAUACUCAUCAUAUGCUUACUUGAGUCAUUGUCUAAUUUACUAUUAAGCAUGUUAUUUGGCUAUGCAUUUUUGAAACAUUAUUGUUAUUCAACUGUCAGUUUCUUGUUAAUUGCCCAAGUUUUUUAAACAAUUUUUUUGCCCAUUGGGUUUAAUAAUAUAAUUAAAUUAUGUUUUUUUUUUGUUAGAA